AUGAGGACUCCGGGAUCUUUGCCUCCUCCGGAUGUCACUUCUCCUGGUAGCGUAAUUGUAGACGCUCCACCAAGCAAUGGUCGUGAAGAGAUUAGUGACGGAGGAGGAACUCCAAUCCCGUGUUCUGGAGUUCCACCCAAGAUAAGUGGUGAUGGUUCUGAUCUUGGUUCGGUUAGUGAUGGCGGUUCGGUUAGUGAUGGCGGUUCGGUUAGUGGUGGUGGCUCGGUUAGUGGUGGUGGCUCGGUUAGUGAUGGUGACUCGGUUAGUGAUGGUGGCUCGGUUAGUGAUGGAGGUUCUAAAAGUAGUGGAUCUAAUGGAGGCUCUAACAGUGGUGGAUCUGUCUCAUCACCAAAUGGAAAGACAUCUAACAGGUUCAAACAUGGCUGGCUCCAUGGUUUUCAGCGGGCCUGUUGGAAUGAUUGUAAGAGUGGUUGGAAUCCUUCUUAUUUAGGGUACGGCUAA